AUGUCUGACAUCUCCGGUUUCAUCUCCGCCCUCGAGGCCGCCCAGAGCAAGCAGAAGUUCACCCCCGAGGUCCAAACCGCUGCCGAGGGCAUCGAUGUUGCCGCUCUCAAGGCUGCCGUUGACGCUGCGCUCGCCAUGGGCGAGACCGAGACUCUCUCAGAUGCUGCGCAGAAGACCGCUCUGGAGAAGGGUUUUGAGUUCGCUACCAAGGUCGUCAUGAUGCUCAAGACUGCUCCCGGUCCCUUUGAGAAGAAGGACCUCUACGUCAACUUCAAGAUUGCCAAGGGCGAGACCUUGGAGAAGCCUGGCAUGUUCGAUAUGGUGAAGAAGCAGCUCUACUCUGCCUGGGAGGCCGUUAAGCACUACUCGCCCCAGAAGGCUCAGGCCCUCUACAUCAAGCACGUCAACGACUUCAUCGCCAAGUACGGCACCCGCGACGAGUAA